AUGGGCACCACGGAGCACCAUGGCGCCGCCGAUGCCAUCGCCGAGCCACUGCUCCCCUCGUCCACCGUGGAGGUGGAGCCAGCCCCGCCACGCCGGAACAUGUUCGCCUUCGUCUGCGCCACGCUCGCCUCCAUGACCACAAUCCUCAUGGGCUACAAUCUCGCGCUGAUGAGCGGCGCGGAGCUGUUCAUGCGCGACGACCUGGGGCUCACGGACGAGCAGGUGGAGGUGCUGUCCGGGUCCAUGAACAUGUUCAUGCUGGCCUCCAUCCUGGCCGCCGGCUGGGCCGCGGACGCCAUCGGCCGCCGUGGCACCGUCGUGAUCGCCAACGCGUUCCUCAUGGCGGGCGCGCUCGCCAUGUCGCUCGGCGGCAGCUUCGCCUCGCUGAUGGCCGCGCGGUUCGUCACCAGCGUCGGCGUCGGGUUCGCGGUCGUGGUCGCGCCGGUCUACGCGGCCGAGAUCGCGCCGGCGUCGUCGCGCGGCCUCCUCUCCUCCCUCGUCGACUUCUUCAUCACCGCGGGUAUCCUCCUCAGCUACGUCUCCAACUACGCGCUCGCCGGCCUGCCGCUGCGGCUCGGCUGGCGCGCCAUGUUCGCGCUGGGCGUCCCGCCGCCGCUGCUCCUCGCGGCGGGGGUGCUCGCCAUGCCGGAGUCGCCCCGGUGGCUCGCCAUGCGCGGGCGCGACGACGAGGCGCGCGCCGUGCUGGAGCGCACCUCCGACGCGCCGGCCGAGGCCCGCGACCGGCUCGAGGAGAUCAGGCGUGCCGUCGCGGCGCAGGUGGGCGGCGCCGGGGUGUGGAGGGAGCUGUUCGUGCGGCCGUCGCCGAUGGUGCGGCGGAUCCUCGCCAACGUCCUCGUGCUCUACUCCUUCCAGCAGGCCUCCGGCAUCGACGCCAUCGUCCUCUACACCCCGCUGGUGUUCAAGAAGGCGGGGAUCUCGUCGACCAGUGCCGUCCUCGCCGCCACCGUCGCCGUCGGACUGGUCAAGACGCUCUCCAUCUUCGUGGCCACGUUCCUGUCCGACCGCCUCGGCCGCCGCCCGCUGCUCCUCGCCAGCGCCGCCGGCAUUGCCGUCACGCUCACGUCGCUGGGGAUCGCGCUGCUGUGCGCCGGCGCCGGCGCCAGCGAGACGACACCGACACCAGCGGUGGCGGCGGCGUGCGUCGCGUCGGUGCUCGCGUUCGUCACCGCGUUCUCCAUCGGCCUCGGCCCGCUGGCGCCGACCUACAGCGCGGAGAUCCUGCCGCUGCAGCUGCGCGCGCAGGGCAUGAGCCUCGGCAUCGCGGCCAACCGGGUCACGUGCAGCAUCAUCAGCAUGACGUUCAUCUCGCUUGCCAACAGCAUCACCAUGCCCGGGUGCUUCUUCCUGUAUGCCAGCACGGCGGUGGCAGCGGCGGUGUUCGUCUACGUGCGGCUGCCGGAGACCAAAGGCCGGAGCUUGGAGGACAUAGGCGUUCUCUUCGCCAAGUGA